ACUUUUGAUACGUUGUUACGUUAAGAUUUAAGAUCGACACUGACCGUUCUGAAAAUUGUGAAUAAAUUAAUUGUGACAUCAAAGUCUUACUUUUAAUAUUGGAUCAACUAAAACAGUAGUGAUUUUAUUCAUAAACUAUCAACAUACAAUCGAACGAAAGCGAAAAGAUUUUGACUGUUCGAAAGUUCAAAGAGUUCAUUGUUAUUUUGAAAGCAAAGUUGACUCAUUCAUUCAAGACAUAUUCGACAAAAUUGUUAUUGUUGUUAAGCCCUAAUUUGUGACCACAAAAUGCCCGAAAUAUCUCAAGACCAAUUUGAGACAUUAUAUCCGGCAAAUCCACCGGCUACUCCGCAACAAUUACGUUUGCGUGCCAAUUCUGCAGGCGCUCGUAGCGGUAUUCAAAAUAAUAAUAACAAUGUUAAUUUUGACGUCAUCUCUGAAACAGCUGUUUUAGAUAGAAGUAACAGUGUGACAAGUAAUACUGAUGAAGAACUUGCAAUCGCGAGAUCGUCCGCGCGUCAAUUACGUCUUCUAAGCGAGACGAGUGUUGGCGAUGCCGAAAUGGCAAACUCAUUUGUGGAAUUCCACAAUGAUUACUUCUAUGGAUACAAACGUGAAAUGAGCCACAGAAUCUUUGUUAACCGAUCCUUGCAUUUGGAGAACAUCAAAUUCUAUGGCUUCGAUAUGGAUUAUACUUUGGCGGAAUAUAAGUCGCCGCAGUACGAACAACUUGGAUUCAAUUUGAUCAAGAAGCGCCUUGUAGACUUGGGAUAUCCCAAAGAGAUUCUGCAAUUUGAGUACGAUGCUUCCUUUCCAGUGCGUGGUCUUUGGUUCGACACGCUAUAUGGAAACUUACUGAAAGUCGAUGCUUAUGGUAAUAUUUUGACCUGCGUUCACGGAUUUGAUUUUUUGAAACAUUCCCAAAUAUAUGAGCUGUACCCAUCCAAGUUCCUUCAGUUGGACGAGUCUCGGGUCUACGUUUUGAAUACUUUAUUCAAUCUGCCAGAGACAUAUUUGCUUGCUUGCAUGGUGGACUUUUUUACUAGUUCACCCGAGUAUCAAACGAAGGAGACUGGCGUUGAAGGAGGUGGCCUAUUUAUGUCAUACAAAUCAAUUUUCCAGGAUGUCCGUAAUGCUGUUGAUUGGGUUCAUAUUCAUGGCGAUUUGAAACGUCAAACUGUUGAAAACUUGGAAGAAUAUGUGAAAAAGGAUAAUCGUCUUCCAAUGGUUUUGUCCCGUAUCAAGGAAUCGGGAGCCAAAGUUUUCCUUCUUACGAACUCCGAUUACAAGUUUACGGAUAAAAUUAUGACGUACCUCUUUGAUUUUCCACAUGGCGCAAGACUCGAAGAUCCGCAUCGGAACUGGAGGUCUUACUUUGACUUUAUCGUAUGUGAUGCACGAAAACCCCUGUUUUUCAGUGAAGGUACAAUUUUGAGACAAGUGGAUACAACAACGGGAGCACUUAAGAUUGGAACGCACAUUGGUCCAAUGCAACAAGGUCAAGUGUAUUCUGGUGGAAGUUGUGAUGUGUUUACGUCUAUGAUUAAGGCGAAAGGAAAGGAUGUCUUAUACGUGGGUGACCACAUCUUUGGAGACAUCUUGAAGAGCAAAAAAAUCCGUGGAUGGAGAACUUUCUUAAUCGUCCCCGAGCUCGUGCAAGAAUUGCAUGUAUGGACGGACAAGUGUCAAUUGUUCACGGAAUUGCAGAAAUUCGAUUGCAUGCUCAGUGAUGUAUACAAAAAUUUGGAUUCAAGUGCCAAAGAAAAACCUGAUAUAACGAAAAUUCGUGCCUCAAUUCGUGAUGUGACCCAUAAGAUGGAUAUGGCAUACGGCAUGAUGGGGUCACUCUUCAGGUCUGGAUCUCGUCAAACUUUCUUUUCUAGCCAAGUGGUUCGUUAUGCCGAUUUGUAUGCAGCAACUUUCCUAAACUUGAUCUACUAUCCAUUUUCGUACAUGUUCAGGGCACCAGCGAUGCUGUUGCCCCACGAAAGUACAGUCGCGCACGAACAACGUUUCAAAAUGGAGGAGCCUACAAUUUCACGUUCACGAAACAAAAUGUUGGGGAGCUCUCAAACAAUUGAUGUCACUGACGAAGAAAUGCAUAAUCUUAAGAUGGAUCGUUUAUCGGUGCGUGAGCAACUUCCUCAUUUGAGACCAAACACUCCAACAACCGUGACCCAUACUCACGACGAAGACUACGAUCCUGACGAAGAAAGCCCAGACGAGACUAAACAAGCUCAAUAAGAAGGAUGCAAUUGGUUCAGCUUUCUUGUGUAAUUCUUCGUCGUUUUGCAUUUGUUAGAAACUUGAGAAGAAAUAUAUUUAUCCAAACAAACCUUUCUUCUAUUAGAGCCCUUUUUCCACAUCCUCUCUAUACCAAAAUAUUUGAAAUAAAGUUUUUUGUCCCCUAAAUAUUAUUA